AUGGGCAAUUUAUUGGCUCGUUUCAGGCACCGAGAUGUUAGGGUCAUUCUUCUGGGACUGGACUCUGCAGGGAAGACGUCCAUCUUGUACAGACUGAAGCUUGAUGACCUCGUCACCACGGUACCAACUAUCGGUUUCAAUGUGGAGAACAUCCGGUACAAAGAUCUUCAUCUGACGGCCUGGGACAUUGGGAGUCGUGACAAGCUGCGCCCUCUGUUCCGCCAUUACUACAAGGGAGCAGACGCCGUGGUCUUCGUUAUAGACAGCCAUGACCCCGAGCGCUUGGACGAGCUCAACUAUGACGUCAUCAAGCCAGCGGUCAGCGCUGAGGAGCUGACCAACGCCGUCUUUCUGUUUCUGGCCAACAAGACUGACCUUCCGGAGACGAUGACAACAGAGGAGAUCGCUGAGAAGUUAGGUCUGAGGUACCUAAAGCAUCCGUGGGGAAUCCUGCCUGUGAGUGCUGCCAAUGGAGAAGGUCUGCAGGCAGCGCUAGAAUGGCUAGCCGUCAGGCUGGGGUCUGCCCAGGUAAAACCAAGGAACUUCACAGCUGUUCAACCCAAGCCCAAGCUGCUGGACCAUUCACCCCUGGUCUUUCUGACAUCUUCUCCGUUUUUCUUCAGUUCACCCCUGGUCUUUCUGGCAUCUUCUCCGUUUUUCUUCAGUUCACCCCUUGUCUUUCUGACAUCUUCUCCGUUUUUCUUCAGUUCACCCCUGGUCUUUCUGACAUCUUCUCCGUUUUUCUUCAGUUCACUCCUGGUCUUUCUGACACCUUCUUUAACUCUUUCUAGUUCACCUGUCAACUUUCUGACGUCUGCUUCAGUUCACCAGUGA